AUAAGCUGCAGAUGUCUCCUAAGGUAAAAAGGAAGGCAAUGGGAGAGCUGGUCAGAGGAAAGGCUACCGACUACAGAAAAAUAGCAGAACCAGAUUACGUUAAAUGAUGCAGUUCUGCCCAACACUCCCUCUAGUGGUUUUUCUCGCAGCCGUGAGCAUGGAGUCCCAUACACUCAAAAGUCCUCCAGCCUAAUGACAAAACGUCCGGUUAAUAGGAUUAAGUACCUUCUCAUCAGAUAAGUAGAACAUGGCAAAAUCCCUGACACUCCCAGCAAUUAGAUCAGAAACAGCCCGACCCCUUCCUGACGCGGGGAGCAAUUUUGCAGAGGAGGUGUUUCAGUAUUAAUGAAAGAACAUGAAGUCCUCUUGGCUACUUAUAAUAUACGUGCUAUGGCUGAAUGGUCAUCAGUGUGCACCAACAAAGCAGGAGGAAAUGAAUCUUCGAGAAAACCUGAAGCUAUUAUCUGAAGUUGGAGAGAAGUAUGUAGAUGAGGAGGUAAAGAAAGCUUUGAUUGGUAUUAAGCAAAUGAAAAUUAUGAUGGAAAGAAAUGAAGAUAAGCACAUAGGUCUGAUGAAAACCUUGAAGAAGAGCAGUGAAGAAAAAAAGCAAGCCUUGCGACUUAUGGAUGAAGUAAAGGAAAGAUUAGAAGAAGAAGAAAAACAAUGUCAAGUAACCUUGAAAAAUCUAUGGGAUGAAUGUGAAUCUUGUUUAGAAAGUACCUGCAUGAGAUAUUAUACAACUUGCAAACAUGGUUUGUCAACAUUUAGAAGAAAGGUUGAAGAUUUCUUGAGGAAAAUACCUCCACUCAUUUUUCCUUUUCAUGAGGAUCAAGGAAAAGACAUCCAGUUUAAUGAAAGGCCUGAGAAAGAGGAUACCCAGCUAGUAAAAAUGGAAGAUUUAUUUAGCCAACUGUUAUCAGACAUGGGCUCCAUAUUUGACAGAAGUCUAAUUUUUUUCAAGCGGAUGCAAAAAGAAUUUGAUCAAUCUUUUCAGAUGUAUUUCAUGUCUGAGCUGGACUUGAGUGACUCCCCCAGCACGUCAGCUUUACCUGAGAUCACCACCAGAAAUGGCAGUUCACAGAAAGGCUGGGAUAUACCUGUCUUCUUACAGGUAGUUUUUGAUUUCAGUAAGACAGUGUUUGAAGGUGUCAGCGAGGUGAUUACUGAAGUAUUUGAUGAAUACAGAGAUAAUAGAAGAGAUGUGCCAGAACAAGCUAAAGAUCCUGACAGAAGUGGCAUAUUCUCAAAAAUUGUGCCAGGGCGCCAGAGACCUCUGUGCAGGGAGCUUCGGGAGAACUCCUCUGGAUGCCCACAGUUUCACGAGAGAUGCCAGAAAUGUCAAGACAAUCUUUUGCAUGAUUGCCCAAACAUUCCUGAACUGCAUAUAAAGUUUGAUGAAGCUUUUAAGCUGGUUAAUCUCUCAGGGGAGCAGUACGAGCAGAUUCUCCAGGUGGUUCAGCAUCAUACAGAAGACACUUCCUACUUGUUGAACAAAAUGAAAGAAAGAUUUGGGUGGGUGUCUGAGUUAUCCAAUAUGACCAUCGGACCAGAAAACAUUUUCAAUAUAGUUAAGGUGGUACCUGGGGAUCCCUCUAGUAAAAAUGAAACUGUGGUAGAUGUGAAUAUCCUGACUUCACCUACUUUCACCAUUAAAGUUCCUCCCAACUUAGACCCAAAAAGUGGUGAAUUCAUUGAAUACAUAGCCGGGAAAGCACUACAACUAUAUAAGCAGAAUUUUUAAGUGGAAAAUAUAUGUGAAAUCUUUCUUCCUGCAAUCCAGUAUAUAUUCCUGAGAUGGAAUACCUCUAAGCUCAACAUACAGCUGUUAACUAACUGUGGUUAAAAUAGUUGUAAAAUAAAAUUUUGCUGAGUAAAUAAUGUGACAUAUGAGCUAGCAACUGAAAACUGUAGAAGCCUUUUUACUGAAAAUUAAAUCAAUUUUAAUGUUCAUUUCUUUUAAAAAAGAUUUUAUUUACGUUGCAAAUUGGGAAAUUUUUGAUAACCGGAUAUGGCUCUGGUUAUGCAAAUAUAUAAGAAAAUAAUCAGAUAUAAACAUAGAAGUAAUUACUAUUUGCAUACUUAACUCCAAGCACAUUCUUAAGCCUUUUCAAGAUUGGUCCCUACAGAUGUUACACAUUCAGCUAAGUUUGAAUCAGCCACAUUUCCAUAUGCAUGUACCAUAUUAUUUUCCAAUGAAAAUGUUCUAUUUCUUUUUCCAGUUGCUUUUGAUGUUUAUCACGUACAUUAAAUGACUUUUCUGAAUAUGCAGUAAUGAGUAAAUCUUCUGCCUUUGGAAUUUCUUAUUUGUAGUUCACCUCUGGAGUCAACUUUCAAAUUAAUUAACAGGGAAGCCUUUAUCAGAAAAUAUGUUUGUCUUUUGCUAAAUUAUAAAUAGUAACUUUCAAUGGUAUUUGCAAAUUGCAGUAAAGGUUGAGAGCUGAUAUAUCUCUCAGAAGCAGAAUUGUAGGUAAUUCAGUUUCAUUUGCUGUGCCUGGCAUUAUCAAAGUAUUUUUUGCACAUAGUUAUAUUCAUAAUUUCCAACUGUAUCUCUGCUAAAUAAAUUGUAUUAAUUCCAAAGUGUACGAAUC